AUGGUCAGCGCCGAUACCAUCCUCCAGGGCGUCAACGUCCUCGGCGCUGUCGGUCCGGAACAUAAGAAGAUCUUGACCCCCGACGCCCUCGCCUUCCUGACCCUCCUGCACCGGUCCUUCAAUGCCACACGGAAGCAGCUCUUGGAGCGACGCAAGAUCCGCCAGGCCGAGCUGGACAAGGGCGUCCUGCCAGACUUUUUGCCCGAGACCAAGCACAUCCGCGACAAUGCGACGUGGAAGGGCGCGCCCCCGGCCCCGGGUCUCGUAGACCGCAGAGUGGAGAUUACCGGCCCCACGGACCGGAAGAUGGUCGUCAACGCCCUGAACUCGGAUGUUUGGACUUACAUGGCUGAUUUUGAAGAUUCGAGCGCCCCGACGUGGGAUAACAUGAUUAAUGGCCAGGUUAACAUGUACGAUGCCGUGCGGCGUCAGCUGCAAUUCAAGCAAGGCCCGAAGGAAUACAAGAUUAGAACGGACCGUACCCUGCCUACCCUCAUUGUCCGUCCCCGUGGAUGGCACCUGGAGGAGAAGCAUGUCACCGUGGACGGCGAGCCCAUCUCAGGAUCACUCUUUGAUUUUGGCCUGUACUUCUAUCACAAUGCAUUCGAGGCCGUGAAGCGAGGAUUCGGUCCUUACUUCUACCUUCCAAAGAUGGAGUCGCAUCUCGAGGCCCGUCUGUGGAACGACGUUUUCAACCUGGCUCAAGACUACAUCGGCAUGAGCCGCGGUACCAUCCGUGGAACCGUGCUCAUUGAGACCAUCCUGGCCGCGUUUGAGAUGGAUGAAAUCAUCUACGAGCUCAGGGAUCACAGUUCCGGCCUGAAUUGCGGCCGUUGGGAUUACAUCUUCAGUGUAAUCAAGAAGUUCCGCCAGAACAGCAACUUCGUCUUGCCAGAUCGUAGCUCCGUUACCAUGACGGUUCCUUUCAUGGAUGCAUAUGUUAAACUGUUGAUUCAAACAUGUCACAAGCGUGGUGUUCACGCCAUGGGUGGUAUGGCAGCACAGAUUCCUAUCAAGGAUGACAAGGCUGCGAACGACAAGGCGAUGGAAGGUGUCCGAGCCGACAAGUUGCGCGAAGUUCGUGCUGGUCACGACGGUACCUGGGUCGCCCACCCGGCCUUGGCCGCUAUUGCCUCUGAGAUCUUCAACAAGCACAUGCCAACUCCCAACCAGUUGUUCAUCCGUCGCGAGGAUGUCUCCAUUGGCCAAAACGACCUGCUGAACAUGAACGUCCCUGGCAAGAUCACCGAGGAGGGUAUCCGCAAGAACCUCAACAUCGGUCUGGGCUACAUGGAGGCCUGGAUCCGCGGUGUUGGAUGUGUUCCCAUCAACUACCUCAUGGAGGACGCGGCUACCGCUGAAGUGUCUCGCUCGCAGCUGUGGCAAUGGGUGAGGCACGGCGUUACAACUGCCGAGGGCAAGAAGGUCGACAAGGCCUACGCCCUCAAGCUGUUGAAGGAGCAGGCCGCCGAGCUCGCCAAGGGAGCACCCCAGGGCAACAAGUUCGGCCUCGCAGCACAAUACUUCAGUGGCCAGGUUACGGGUGAGGACUACGCGGAUUUCUUGACCUCGUUGUUGUAUAACGAGAUCACCGCUGUGGGUAGCGCCAGCCCUGCUAGCAAGUUGUAA